AUGGGUAAGUUUGGGGGGGCCAGGAAGCAGCUCGCAAAAGCGGGCGCAAAAAAGGGCACAAAAAGGGACGGAAAAGAAGGCGGAAAAAAGGUCGAAAAAAAAGGCGGAAAAAAAGGCGGGAAAAAAGGCGGAAAAAAGGGCGGGAAAAAAGGCGGGAAAAAAACCGCAAAGCAUCUCGCCAAGCGGCUGGCAAAGAAGGGGGUAAACAAACCAACGGAAGAGACGUGGAAGAAGAAGGGGGGAAGCGUCACCCCCGUGGAGAGUGACCCCCCCGUGGAGAGCGGCACCCGCGUGGAGAGCCGCACUGCUAACGGGGCCGACCUCUUCGACGGGCUGUUCGCCGACCUGAAGGACGUGCUGAGCGAGAGCCUGCUGCAAACCCUGGAGAAAAACAGAUUCGUAAAAACGACAAGCAUACAGAAGAGGAGCAUCCCGAUCAUGCUAAGUGACAACGACGUCUUUCUCAAAUCCAUGACAGGUUCUGGAAAAACCCUAUGUUAUGCAUUGCCCUCUGUACAAAGGAUACUGAAUCUGCAGAAGGAAAAAAUAAGAGUCACCCGAGACAUGGGGACAUUCAUCCUGGUACUCUCCCCGACGAGGGAACUCGCUGUUCAAAUAAAUAAUUUAUUUUUUACGUUAACCAAGCCGUAUCCGUAUAUAGUGGUGUCCUGUUUAACGGGUGGGGAGAAGAAGAAGUCGGAGAAAAAUCGACUGAAAAAAGGAGUGUCUAUUUUGACAUGUACCCCAGGGAGGCUGCUAGACCAUUUGGAACACACGAAAGCGUUGAGGCUGACCUAUUUGCAGUGCGUUAUAUUGGACGAGGCGGAUAAGGUGAUUUUCCUCGGCUCGCAGGACAAGGUCAGGUUGAUCUACGACACGGUUAAGAGGCUGCGGCUGGGGGGGGGAGCGGCAGGAGCGGUGGGAGUAGCGGGAGCGGGAGGGGCGGACAGCGGGGCUGACCACCCCGUGGAGGGGAAAGGCUUCCAAAUGGUGUUCAUCUCCGCGACGCUGAACCACGCGGUGAAGAGUCUGGCUAACUACUGCCUGACGAAUAAGACGGUGUGGGUGGAGGCGAAGGAGGAGAACAUACCACUAGACAGUAGUAACGAAGAGGUGAGUACCCCCCACAAGGAAGUCACAUCAACACAGGGAGAGGAACACUGGGAGUAUGAGCUACCUGAACAAUUAAAGCAAUAUUGCGUCGUCACAGAUUUUAGAAAAAAAUUUCUAUGUCUUAUCCAGAUGUUACUCUCAUGUAUGAAGAAAAAAAAAAAGGCAGUCGUGUUCCUUUCCAACUGUCACAGUGUAGAAUACAUGAGAGAGUUACUGAAAAGUCUUUACUGGCCAACCGAUUUGAAGAAAGAAAAUAUGGAGAUUCAUAAGCAGUUAAAGAAGGAGAUAUCACCUGUGUUGUUAAAGGAGGAUGAACAGUUGCUACGAAAGCAUUUGGAGAAAACUCUGCAGAGAAAGGAAUGGCAAUGUGAAUCAGGUGGUACGUCGAAGAAGCGGAGGGAUAGAAAUACUUUCCUGCUUCCGUUUAAAAAUAUCCAUGUGGAUGAUAUACAAGGAGAUAACUCAUGUGAUGAAGGGAAUGGCACCGUUGGUGGUGGAGACAGAUGCGUACUGUACAAUGUUAACACGGAUAGACAUAAAAGAGUGUACCUCUUUGGAGAUACAGAGAUAUACAUUCUACAUGGGAACUUAUCAAAAGAGGAUCGAGUUGGUAAUUUCUCCGAUUUUUCUCAACAUAAAAAUGGAAAGGCGAUUUUAAUAUGCACAGAAAUCGUAUCGAGAGGAGUGCAUUUUGACGAGUUAGAUGUAGUGGUACAGUAUGACCCGCCACAAAUUAUUGAGGAGUACGUACACAAGGUGGGUCGAACAGCGAGACUACAGAAAGAGGGGUCGUCAUACUUAUUCCUGCUACCGACAGAGGUGGAGUUCCUAAAUGUGUUGCGAGAAAAAAAGAUUUACGUGAAGAAGAUCCAAGGAGAGGAACUAAUUGGGCGAUUUCGCAGGGAGGAUGUGCCGCCCUUCUUUUCGUCCAUUGGAGGAGAUAUACUGAGCUUUAUUUAUAACCAUUUUAAGGUGACUGUUAAAUCGGAUGAGUCGCUUAUGGAGAAAGCCACCAGUGCCUUUCUCGCGUCUGUCACAGCGUACUACUCCGUGAGCAAGUCCCUGCGUCACAUUUUUUGCGCAAAGAAUCUGCACCUGGGGCACCUCGCCUACGCCUUUUUGCUGGAUGAGAGUCCUCGGGAAAUUGCCAAGCUGAACAAGCAGCAGCGCUACCUGCGGGUGAAGCGCCAGACCACGCUCAGCAAGCGCGAGCGCCGCCUCCUCCGCGCGCGGUGA